AUGGCUAAGCUACGUACCACUAUAUCUAUAUCGCCUGAUGGUAUCAUUGUUCGAUUGGGAGAACGACCUACUCAAGUUUCUACAGUUGACGGUACUGAACCCCGUCUAUCACUGCGUGAUAUGGAUUGGUUACGUAAAGUUGCUGUUAUGCACAUCAGUCAUGUUGUCUCUCUAUCAUCUAUAUCGGUAUCUAGAGUCAAACCUUCCAUCUUUAUUAAGCCUAGUACUCUCGAGUUCCGCUACGACGGUAAAGAUGAUAACUAUGUUCUCUACGAUACCUUCAAUGAUGACGUUGAGAUCUAUCCCGAUCUUCCGUUAUCUAUUGGUUAUGGCUCUACUAUGUGUUUUGGUGCUAUCACUGACUCCUCUCUAGCCCCAGACCAUGAUCUACUUCCACCGUGGGAAGUUAUAUCUAGGGAAUGGAUCAGUGACAAGAUUGCUCCACUAGGUCGUAUAUCUACUGAAGUACCAUGGCGAAGUCAAGGCCGUCCCGGUUUCAACUUCCACUACGCGGCUAAACGUGGUCUAGCCUCUAUAGCUCGUCUAGAUUCUAAACAGCAAUCUAUGUUUGAGGAUGCCCUUUCACAACUUGUCGAUAGGGGUUUCUGUUCGAUUGUCUGUGAUCUACGGUCAACUGGUUUGAAGAAGCCAACUAGAGCUAUGUGUCAAGCAGCUUGGUCUACGUUGGUCAAGGGUACUGCCAAUGAGGGUUCUCCUGUUCCUCUGGCGGAACAUUACACUCCUUCACAUCUAGUGUAUCGCCAUCUACAUCCUACUACACCGUGUAGGGUGGUGUUCGACUUUAGAGACCUAAACCGCUUCUCUAAUCGCGGUGGCUAUCCUCAGACUCUCUAG